AUGAACUGGACCGUGCAGAGCCAAAGCGCGCUCAGCGAUGCCCCCGCGCCGCCGCUGCUGCUGCAGGCUGCGUGGGACGCCGUGCGGGCGCGGGAGGCCUGGCUGCGCUCGCCCUUCUUCCCGGCGCUCUUCAGCUUCGGCAGCUACCUGGCCGCCUGCGCGCCCUUCGUGGCCCUGGACGUGCUGAGCGCGCGCCUGCCCGCCCUGCAGCGCUACAAGAUCCAGCCGCAGGCGUCCCCCUCGGCGGGCCUGCUGGCGGCUUGCCUGGCGCGCAGCCUCUUCGACCACCUGGUCUGCGUCUUCCCGGUGACCGUGGCCCACUGGUACUGGCGGCCGGUGCGCUUGCCCGAGCGGGCUCCCGAGGCGCCGCGGCUGCUGCUGGACCUCGGCGCCGGCCUGCUGCUCUUCGACGCGCUCUACUUCCUGUGGCACUUGCUGCACCACCGGGUGCCUUGGCUCUACAAGACCUUCCACAAGGUCCAUCACAAGCACGUCUCCACCUUCGCGCUCAGCACCCAGUACUCCAGCCUGUGGGAGCUGCUGUGGCUGGGCCUCUUCGCGGGGCUCGUCCCCGUGCUGCUGCGCUGCCACCCCUUGACGGAGAUGGCCUUCUUCGUGGCCAACAUCUGGCUCUCUGUGGAGGACCACUCCGGCUAUGACCUGCCCUGGUCCACGCACAGGCUGGUGCCCUUUGGCCUCUACGGGGGCUCGCUGCACCACGACCUGCACCACUUGAAGUUCAAGUUCAACUACGCGCCCUACUUCACCCACUGGGACAGGCUCUUUGGAACGCUCAGCCCAGCCGGCAGGGAGGAGCCGGCACCUGCCAAGGCCACCAAAGACUAGUUGGGGAAGGCGGGACUCAACAAACUGACCAGCGGCAGCUUGCACGUGUUUAUUAUUAUAUUUAUUUAUAUAUUUGUGUUAAGUGUCUGGAACUGUCAUUGUUUGGCAAAAGCAAUGGCCUAAGCCAUCUGAAGGAGCCUCAAGCACAGAUCUCGUUUCAUUUGGCUACCCAAGCUUUUAUAAAGCGACUGUGUAUGUUUGUGAGAUUGGAAGAGAGUUUUUGUUUGCUGAAAUGAGUUGAAAGAGGGUGCGAAAAAUGUCUGCAAUGAUUCCUAUGGAGUUCCUCUUGCCUUGACAUUGGGAAAAAAAAUAGAACACUGACCUGAAAAUGCUAACUUUAAUAUAUUUCUAUUUUGCUAUUUGAAUUAUUUAUAUUUUUUUAGUA